AUGACGUUCCUGACUGGUCGACCAUUGGCGUGGGCCAUCACGGCCACUGCCGGCAGUGGCUUUCUUUUAUUUGGUUAUGACCAGGGAGUGAUGUCCGGCCUGUUGACAGGCGACGCCUUUGUUGCGCGAUUCCCGGAGAUUGACACGACCAAGACGGGUCAUGGCAGCUCUUCUUUGCAGGGCACAGUGGUUGCUAUCUAUGAAAUCGGUUGUUUCUUCGGCGCCAUCAUCUCCCUGUUCAUUGGUGAAAUGCUCGGUCGACGCAAGUGCAUCAUGGCCGGCUGUGUGAUUCUCAGCAUUGGCGCCGCUCUUCAAUGCAGUGCAUAUGGAAUCCCGCAAUUGAUUGUGGGCCGUAUUAUUGCUGGAGUUGGAAAUGGUUUAAAUACAAGCACAAUCCCUGUAUGGCAUUCGGAAUUGAGUAAAGCAGCGAGUCGAGGAAAAGGACUGGCCAUUGAAUUGGCUAUCAACAUCUUUGGUGUUAUGUUGUCCUACUGGGUCGACUACGGUUUCUCUUACAACGGCAGUGAGGCGCAGUUUCGCUUCCCCAUUGCACUUCAGAUUCUCUUCGCUAUCGUCACAUUUAUUGGAAUCUGCUUCCUUCCUGAAUCCCCUAGAUGGCUUAUCAAGCACGGAGACGAAAGCAAGGCUCGUCAUGUCAUCUGGAUGCUCCAGGACAAUGCCAGGGAAAUCGACGAGAACAACACUGUGGUCAAUGUGGACGUUAGGGAUAUCUCACAGGCAAUUCGCGAAGAAACAGAGGCUUCUGCGGAAGGAUCAUUCAAGCUCCUUUUCACCAAUGGUCCACAGCGCUUCCUGACCCGAACCCUUUUGGGCAUGGGUGGACAGAUGAUGCAACAGAUUUCGGGCAUCAACCUCAUCACCUAUUACGCCACUUUCAUUUUUGAGAACUCUGUGGGAAUGGAUCACAACCCUGCUCUGUUGCUGGCCGGUUUCAACGGCAUAGCCUAUUUCUUCUCAUCCUGUGUGCCCAUCUGGGUUAUCGACCGUCUGGGUCGUCGCAAGCUUAUGAUGUUUGCCGUCAUUGGACAAGGUUGCUGCAUGGCUAUCCUCGCAGGCACUGUCUGGGAUGGUGGCCAUUCUGCUGGUUUGGUUGCCACGGUCAUGCUCUUCCUGUUCAACUUUUUCUUUGGUGUUGGCCUUUUGGCCAUUCCUUGGCUCUUGCCUGCCGAGUACGCACCUCUCGCUAUUCGAACCCGCUCCGCCGCUUUGGCUACUGCGACCAACUGGAUUUGCACCUUCUUGGUCGUGGAGAUCACGCCUGUCAGCAUUUCCAACAUUGGAUACCGAACCUACAUCUACUUUGCCGUGUUCAACUUUUGCUUCUUCCCGCUCAUCUACUUCUUCUAUCCCGAGCCGCGCAACCUCACGCUCGAGCAGAUCGAUCAUCUCUUCACGGGGGACAAGAUCCAGCUCCAUUGGCACCCUUCAAUGGGCAUGGCCGGCGAUGCCGAUGUUCGUGUUGCCCAUGGCAAGGAAGAUCCCGAAAGUGUGGAAACCCACCACUUCGAGUAG